UGAUUGGACAUUUAUAUACCAGAAAUAAAGCCCAUUUCUUCAGUUGACCAAGUUCACUCGACAACGCAAUCAUGAAGAACUCUGGCAAGCUGAGAGGCAAAACCCUGUUCAUUACCGGCGCAUCUCGUGGAAUCGGCAAGGCGAUAGCCCUGAAGGCAGCUCGCGAUGGGGCGAAUAUAGUGAUCGCUGCCAAGACGGCAGAACCACAUCCCAAGCUACCUGGAACCAUCUAUACGGCGGCUGAGGAGAUCGAGCGGGCUGGAGGCCGGGCUUUAGCCUGCAUUGUCGAUGUGCGCGAUGAGAAGCAAGUCCAGCAGGCCGUGGAGGCAGCAGUGGCCAAGUUCGGAGGCAUCGAUAUCGUUAUCAACAAUGCAAGUGCCAUAUCCAUGACCCCCACACUCGACACGGAGAUGAAGCGCUAUGACCUGAUGCAGAACAUCAACACUAGGGGGACGUUUCUGGUAUCGAAAAGCUGCUUGCCGUAUCUGCUGAAGAGCGACAAUCCGCACAUACUGAACCUGUCGCCCCCGCUGAACAUGAAGCCGCAGUGGUUCGCCAAUCACGCCGCGUACACGAUCGCCAAAUACGGAAUGUCCAUGUGUGUUCUGGGAAUGUCGGAGGAGUUCCGUGACCAAGGAAUCGCCGUAAAUGCUCUGUGGCCGCGUACAACGGUUCACACGGCAGCGGUGGAGAUGCUCAGUGGCCCAGAGGGGGCUUUGUACUCCCGCAAGCCCGAGAUAAUGGCCGACGCUGCCUAUGCAAUUAUUAGCCGGGAUGCUAGGGACUACACCGGACAUUUCUUCAUUGACGAUGAUGUUUUGCUGGAUGCUGGUGUGAAGGAUCUUGCCAAAUAUGCCUGCUAUCCGGAGAAUAUACAUAAGCUGGCUACGGAUAUAUUUUUGGACGAUACAGGACCUUUUGCUAAAUUGUAAAUUGCAUGUAUUUUAUUGCCAUCGCAGGUUACAUGUUCUAUGGGAUAAAUAACAUAAAAAAGGUUUAAUUUGACUCUAA